AUGCCUAGUAACAGAAGAGAUCAAGAAACAACAAAAAGAAGUUCAAUUGACAGACCGAGCCGAUUACCACAUAAAAAAUUGAAAAUUGACCCAGAAAUUUCAUUUUUAACUAAAGAGGAAGAAUAUCACUUGAGAGAAUACGAAGCCAUCAGAGCUGAGUAUAUUGAAUUCAAUCUCUCAAAUUACAUAAUAAACAUUCUUUCUAAAGCUACUCAGAAUGCAGCAUUCCAAAAUUUAGAUGAAAAGAAGAAUACUAUGAAGCUUAUGAUUUCAACUGCGAAAGAUCUUGCUCUGAACGAAAUGGAGUGUGCGUUAUGAACAAUUUAUUUGCAAAAAAUCAACUGAAAAAAUGAGUGUAGUUCAAGCUCUUUAGACUUGAUUUACACAGCAUAUGCGUCUAAAUCACUUCUAAAUGAAAAUUUGAAACCGUUUAGUUUGCAUUUGGAGAAGAUAUCAGAAAAUUUUUUGAAAAAUUAUGAGGAUUGGUAUAAUUCUCAUAAACAGUUUUUCAAAGUCGAUUCAAUGGAAAUAAAUUGCCGAUUCAAGGAAUACAGUAAGCCUUGUUUUGGCGAAGAAACUGGUAUUUUUGACUACAAUAAUUGUGUAGAUGAUAUCCUUCAAAGUGCAGGUGGUUAUUCGUCUCGAGACGAAGAUACUACACAAUCAGAGGAAGAUCAAAGAGUUCUAACCCUAACUCCCCCUCCCCUCCGUGAGUAAACAAAAAAAUUUUGUUCACUCACGGAGGGUUAAUUUUUUUAUUUUAAAAAAGUUUAUAUAUAAAUUUUAUAGAAAAUAUUUUUUUUCGAAAUUUAAAAAAAUCCUAAUUUGCAAAACUUGGAAAGCAAAUAUUUAAUUUAAUUUAUAAAAUUUAUGUUUUAAAAUGCAAUUUGUUUAAAAUUAAACAGAAUUAGCUAGAGAUUUCAUUAUAAUAAUUAUCACUUAUAUAUCAAUUUUUUUUCCAUAAAAAAAAUUUUUGUUCACUCACGGAGGGUGGGUUUUUUGGGCAAAAAAAUAGCGAUUUUUUCUAAUGGUUUUGUUCGCUCACGGAGGGGGGGAGUAAGGGAAAUGACUCCAAGUUACCUGUUUGAAGAAAAAGAAGAGUCAAUUACACCAAUAAAUCCUAUAGUCUUUCUUGAUACCCUAUCUCCAACAUUAUUAGAUGAUAUCAGCAAGGAGAAAAGUCCUGGGACUUUUAAUAUUUUUGUAAGCAUCCCACUCUUAAAGAGUGAGUCAAGCAAUAUUUCAGAAUUUCAAAUGUCCAAUGAUGAAACUCCUGAUUAUGGGACCAUUUCAAGAGCUAAUUCAAAUUCAACUCCAGUAUACACAUCAAAAUUCCCCUCGAUCAACAACCUAGUUUCGAUAAAAACAGCGUUUGAAGAUGGAUUUCCUGAUUUUUAA